GGAGAGAAAACCGUGGUUGCAUCACGCGCUGUGCAGGUUAGCCCACGCUCUUUGUUCAACAGUAAUGUGCACGUUCACGAUAUAGGAGUAGAGAAGGCAACAACACCAAACGUACCCAUUGCUCUCUCUCUCUCUUAAGCUCUGUCACGCUUUCUCUCUCUUAAAAACUUUCUUACCCGAAAAAAAAAUUGUGAAAAUUUUUCGUCUUCCGAUUAAAGAAAUUUGGCAUUCUGGUUUUCUUAUCCAAAUCACAAGGAAAGUCGCAUUUUUUUUUUUUGCUUUGGUUUCUCUGAAUUCAUAGAGGGAGAGAUUGAGAGAGAAAGAGUUUGGAACAGAUCUCUCUCUGUUCUUUCGACGCUCUCUCUCUCUCUGCGUUCUUUCGUGUUUCUGCGAAACAUCCGUCUUCUUCCAUCGAAAUUAUUCUGCAAUUAUCUUCCUUUCGUCGUUCGUUACGACUGGUAUGCGAUUUCCGAUAGUGGGUCAAGCGAGUCGGUCGAAUUUUCUCGGGGUUUCCCGUUGGCGGUCGCUUGAGUCUGGGAAAUUCUGAAAUUGAGUGCGAUUAGGGUUUGUGGGCGAUUCGGAAAUUUGGGAGGGGUUUUAGUUGCUGUUUCUGGAUUGGAACAACGGUAACUGUGAUGCUUUGAUUGAUCCUGAAUCUUCUGAACGGAAAUGAUUAUCAAACGGAAAUUGAAAACCCGAAUGCCGAGUUUGAAACGGUGCAAAUUCGGCAACUCGGCGAGUGAUGACGACGACGGCGGAGGCACGGCGGUGGCUCGGAAGAAGAGAAAGGUAAACUUGGGUUGUUACUAUCCACUCAACCUUCUCGGAGUGGUUGCCGCCGGGAUUGUUCCGGUGAACCUCAAUGGGGGCAUUCGCAGUCCCAGAGAGAAGGAAUUCGCUGCUUCGUGGUGCACCGAAGUUUCGUGCUCUCCCGGCGAGGUUGAGUCAAAGUCCAAUGGAAGACCGGAUUCCGGCCGUGGGAGUGUCCGGGCGGCUGAGGUUUCGCGUCCUCCGCUUGUUCGAACAUCGAGGGGACGAGUUCAGGUACUUCCUUCUCGGUUUAACGACUCUGUUAUUGAGAAUUGGAGGAAGGAGAGCAAAACGAGUAGUGUUCAGGAUUAUGAGGAAGAAGCAGAAUGCAGAAAGGUGAAGCCUAGUUUUCGGGUUCCAAAAGCUAGUAACCAUGUGUUGAAAAGUAAGCACCCCAAAGAAAAAUCUGGUCGUAGCGACCACAAGUAUAGUGAAUUGUGUGAAGAAGAGGAGGAUGAUGACUGUGAACAGGGCGUUGGAUACAACAGUUCUUACAUGAAGAAGUAUAUGAGUUCACGUAGCACGCUUACUUCCAUUAACGAGCAAAAGUUCAUCGAAGAUGAACCACGUCUUCCUGUUGAGAGAUUGCAGGAAGAUGAGAACCAUACGAAGAAAGAUGGGAUUUAUGGGCCGGAGGACUUCUAUUCGGGUGACUUGGUUUGGGCAAAAUCGGGGACAAAAGAGCCAUUUUGGCCUGCCAUUGUUAUUGAUCCAAUGACACAAGCACCCGAGCUUGUUUUGCGUGCUUGUGUACCAGAUGCAGCCUGUGUAAUGUUCUUUGGUCACUCUGGGAAUGAGAACGAAAGGGAUUAUGCAUGGGUGAGAAGGGGGAUGAUCUUCCCUUUCGUGGAUUAUGUAGGCAGGUUCCAAGAUCAGUCUGAAUUGCAUGGAUGCAACCCUCCUGAUUUUCAGAUGGCAUUGGAAGAAGCGUUUUUGGCAGAACAAGGAUUCACAGAGAAGUUGAUGCAGGAUAUUAACAUGGCUGCUGGUAACCCAACUUUUGACGAUUCCAUCUAUAGAUGGGUUCAAGAGGCCACAGGUUCAAACCAGGAUCUUGACUUUCACACUUCUAACCAGGACAUAUUCAAGAAAUACAGAGAUCCACAAGCCUGUGAAGGAUGUGGAACGAUUCUUUCUUUUAAGGUGGCAAAACAAAUAAAAGCUCUGAUUCCUGGAGAUCAGUUAUUGUGUAAAACAUGUUCUAGGUUGACAAAAUCCAAGCACUAUUGCGGUAUAUGCAAGAAGAUAGAGAAUCAUUUGGACAGUCAAAGCUGGGUGCGUUGCGAUGGCUGUAAGGUUUGGGUACAUGCAACGUGUGACCACAUAUCACGCAACCAUUUUAAGGAUUUGGAGGGAACAGAUUACUAUUGCCCUACCUGCAGAGCAAAAUUUAACUUCGAACUAUCCGAUUCAGAAAAAAGAGACUCAAAAUCCAAACUUGGCAAAAGCAGUGGCCGUAUGGUGCUUCCUGACAAGGUUGUCGUUAUCUGCUCUGGAGUGGAAGGCAUAUAUUUUCCAAGCCUUCAUUUAGUUGUAUGUAAGUGUGGUUUAUGCGGGCCGGAAAGGAAAGCACUUAGUGAAUGGGAAAGGCAUACCGGUUCAAAAGCAAGAAACUGGAAGACCAGUGUGAAAGUUAAAAGCUCCAAGCUACCACUUGAAGAAUGGAUGUUGAAAGUAGCAGAGUUUCAUGCGAAUGCCACUGCAGAGAAACCCCCUAGAAGACCUUCUGUAAAGGAGAGAAAGCAACGAUUGCUUGCAUUUCUGAGAGAGAAGUAUGAGCCCGUCAAUGCAAGGUGGACGACAGAGCGAUGUGCAGUUUGCAGAUGGGUUGAAGACUGGGACUAUAACAAGAUCAUUAUCUGCAACAGAUGUCAGAUAGCAGUCCAUCAAGAAUGCUACGGGGCAAGAAAUGUUCAUGAUUUCACAUCAUGGGUCUGCAAAGCAUGCGAGACACCUGAUAUUAAGCGGGAAUGUUGUCUCUGUCCUGUAAAAGGAGGUGCUUUGAAGCCAACUGAUGUGGAGACACUGUGGGUUCAUGUGACGUGUGCUUGGUUUCAGCCCGAAGUAUGUUUUGCAAGCGAUGAGAAAAUGGAACCGGCUGUGGGGAUUCUGAGUAUUCCAUCGAGUAAUUUUGUGAAGAUUUGUGUGAUAUGCAAACAAAUACACGGAUCGUGCACUCAGUGUUGUAGAUGCUCUACUUACUACCAUGCCAUGUGUGCCUCCAGGGCUGGUUAUAGGAUGGAGUUGCAUUGUUUGGAGAAAAAUGGUAGACAGAUAACGAGGAUGGUGUCAUACUGCUCUUAUCACAGGGCUCCAAACCCGGACACAGUGUUAAUUAUACAAACUCCUUCAGGAGUCUUCUCGGCCAAAAGCCUCGUUCAAAACAAAAAGAAAGGUGGUUCAAGACUUAUUUCAUCAAACAGAUUCGAGGCUGAAGAAUCACCAGAAGAAGAUACCAUAAUAUGUGACUCGUUUUCAGCUGCCCGUUGUCGAAUAUUUAAAAGAAAGAUCAAUAGCAAGAAGAGGACGGAAGAAGAAGCCAUCCCUCUCCACGUUAGGGGACUGAGCCAUCAUCCUUCAGAAGCGAUACAAACACUGAACACAUUCAGGCACGUGGCAGAAGAACCCGAAUCAUUUUCGUCUUUCAGAGAACGGCUUAACUACUUGCAGAGGACAGAAAUGGAUCGGGUAUGCUAUGGGCGAUCUGGGAUACACGGGUGGGGCCUCUUUGCAAGAAGGAAUAUACAAGAGGGAGAAAUGGUACUUGAAUACAGAGGGGAACAGGUGAGAAGAAGCAUUGCAGACCUAAGGGAAGCACGUUAUCGUAGAGAAGGGAAAGAUUGUUAUCUCUUCAAGAUCAGUGAGGAAGUAGUGGUGGACGCAACAGAUAAAGGGAACAUAGCUAGACUUAUCAACCAUUCGUGCAUGCCGAAUUGCUACGCGAGGAUAAUGAGCGUAGGAGUUGAUGAUGAAAGCCGGAUCGUACUCAUCGCUAAGACCACCGUCUCUACUGGCGAAGAGCUAACGUAUGAUUACUUGUUUGAUCCGAACGAGCCUGAUGAAUUCAAGGUGCCAUGUCUCUGUAAAGCCCCCAACUGCAGGAAAUUCAUGAAUUAGAGAGAAUCUGGUGUGGCUUUCUACACACAGAUGAUCAUUCCCUGCUGCUGCUGCUGCUGGAAGGAGGGGAGGAGGAGGAAGGCUUGUAUUGUUUUCAUCCGCAAGGACGUAAACUCUUUUUUCAUUUUCCUUAUUCCCGACCACAACAACAACAAUCGUAUAGGCUUUAUUUCAUUCUCUCUGAGGCUGAUGGAACAAGAGCAGCUUCCGGUAGGGUUUUUUUAGUCUCUUACUCUGGAUUUCAGUGUAUAGGUCUCUCCCUCCUUUGUCACCUCUUUUUCUUUAAUGUCACACCAUCUUUCCUUA